CCCAAACUGGCGGCUUAGGGUUUUUGGCGGAAGGGGAUAUAUAGGGCAGCGAAGGAAAAUUUUCUGCCUCUGAGCUCAAAACCCUCAACCCGCAGUUUCUCUCUCGACUCUCUGAACGGUAAUCAUCUAUUCUUCUUCUCCUCCUCCUUAGCUCCGUCUGCUGUUAAUACUAAAUCGUUUCUUUAAUCUUUUAGCUAUUGGGAGUUCAAUUUCGUCGUUCUGAUUUCUGGUUGCUUGGUCUCAAACAGGCUUGAGCUGAAAUUUGCUGUUUCCGGCGGGGUUUCGAUCAAUCAACCAAGAUGCAGAACGAAGAAGGUCAGGACAUUGAUCUCUACAUCCCAAGGAAAUGCUCUGCCACCAACAGGCUGAUUACCUCCAAGGAUCACGCCUCCGUCCAGGUUAACGUCGGUCAUUUGGAUGCCAACGGUCGUUACACCGGCCAGUUCACCACUUAUGCUCUCUGUGGCUUCGUCCGAGCUCAGGGUGAUGGUGACAGUGCCCUCGACAGGCUGUGGCAGAAGAAGAAAGCCGAACUGCGUCAAUGAUUUUACUUGCAAUUAGGAAGCCAUUAUUUAGUUGAGGGAUGGAGCGAAUUGAGUGUAAUGGAUGAUACUUUUUUGUCGCAAUUUUGUGGAUUUUGUUGGCUGGGUUGAUGUUACGUUCAGCUUAUGAAAUUUCAGCUUCAUUUGACUAAAUGCUUAUGGUUGGAAUUCUAUUUUUGGUGUUUGUUGAUCGAUUCUCUUUUGCGUUUCAAUCUGCUUUAGGUCGUCUGAGGCCCAGUGUGAUAGACAAUAAUUGUUAAGAUGGGAACAAUCUAUCCUAUUUCUACCACAUGGGCCGGGUGGUUCAGGUUUAUUCAUUUUAAUCAUAUCCAUGAACUAUGGUUUUGGAAAUAUGAAAUCGGAAAUCCAAAUCAACCCAAAAAAAUUUAAAUACUCCGGUUUGUUUCUAAUUUGGUUGGGUCGGGUUGACAAUAUUUUUAAGUAAAACACAACCCAAUACAAAAAAUGUAAUUAUUCUACACCAUAAAUAUAUUAUAUGACUAAUUAAAAUUUCAAACGAAUAAUCUGAUGUGAAGGUAUUAAAAUGCGCAAAUAUUG